CACGUUGGAUGCCCCCUUUCUUCCGCAAGAGUAUCGUCUUCGUCGUCGUCUCCGGUUGGUGCUCUACGGCCAUGGCUAUUAGAGUUUUCUUCGUUGCUCUUGUUUUCUGGUUGACCUUCGCCGGAUAUUAUCGCGGCGUUCUUUCUUACAAUCGCCCUCCGGCUCGUCAAACCCUCUCCCUUCAUCCCUCUCAACAGAUUGAUAAGUCUUCACCCCAACAGGUGCAUAUAUCAUUGGUUGGUUUAGACAAGAUGAGAAUAUCGUGGAUCACAGAAGAUUCUGGGACUCCAGCCACCGUACAUUACGGAACAUCAUCCGGAGUGUAUACGUGGAAUGCAAACGGAACUACGAAUUCAUAUGAGUAUGUGGUAUACGAAUCUGGAGAAAUACAUGAUGUAGUCAUCGGUCCCCUGAAGCCCGAUACAACUUAUUUCUAUCGUUGUGGCUUAAAUAAUGGUGGUGAUCGUGAGCUCACCUUCAAAACCCCACCGGCCCAAUUCCCCAUUAAAUUUGUUAUCGUAGGUGAUCUAGGACAGACGGAAUGGACACAAUCAACCCUGGACCACAUUGCCGGUUCAAACUACGAUAUGUUGCUGUUGCCGGGGGAUUUAUCUUAUGCUGACGUGUACCAGCCGCGUUGGGACUCGUUCGGCCGACUGGUCGAGCCACUCGCUUCCCAACGGCCUUGGAUGGUAACGCAAGGGAAUCAUGAGGUAGAGAAGAUCCCUAUCAUCCACACACAUUCUUUCACUGCCUACAAUGCAAGGUGGUAUAUGCCGUACGAGGAGAGUGGGUCGGACUCCAAUCUCUACUAUUCAUUUGAGGUUGCUGGGGUCCACGUUCUUAUGUUGGGAUCUUACACUACCUUUGAAGUGGGGACACCUCAGUACAAGUGGCUCCAAGCUGACUUGGCCAAGGUAGACAGAAAGAGAACGCCAUGGCUCGUGGCGAUCAUUCACGCCCCCUGGUAUAAUACCAAUACGGCUCACCAAGGCGAAUACGAAUCCAACGGCAUGAGAGCAGCCAUGGAAGGAUUGCUUUACGGUGCUCGUGUUGACGUUGUUUUUGCUGGCCACGUCCAUGCCUAUGAACGCUUUACUCGUGUUUAUAAAGGUCAAGUUAAUGCUUGUGGUCCGGUGCAUAUCACAAUUGGUGAUGGUGGUAAUCGCGAAGGCCUUGCUAAUAAGUAUAUCGAUCCCCAACCCAAAAUAUCAGUGUUUAGAGAGGCAAGUUUCGGACAUGGUGAAUUUCAAGUGAGGAAUGAAAGUUAUGCAUUAUGGAGUUGGCAUAGGAAUGGUGACAACGAACCAGUUAUUGCUGAUACAGUCUUGUUUAGAAGCCUCACAAGUGACCCAGCUUGUAAGGUGUAAAUUGUGUAAAGUUAUGUGAAAUCGAUAAAAAUAGGU